UUACCAGAGGGUAAUAGCUUGCAGCGGAUGGCAAUGGCGAUGAGAAUCCCGGUGCAGCAGACCAGUGGAGAAGCUCUGAUGGUCGAAGUUGUGCCUGACAUGACCGUUGGCGUGCUUAAAGAGCAGCUCAAGACGUUCAGAUCAGAUGAUGAGCUAUUGAGAAGACUGAUGUCUGUUAAGGUGUUCGUGGAUAACCAGGAGUUGGUUGACAACGAGGAGGCGGUGAUGGAGGUAGUUUCGCGCGACGCAGUGGUGCAAGUUGUUUUCAGUCAACAUGUGGUAGAAUGCUCUCAGCCCGAAAGUGCAGACCGCUGUUUGUCUGAUCCCGAUGCUGUGUGCAUCCUCCAAAUUCCAGAGGGAGUGAGGGUCAUUGAUGACAGAGCAUUCUAUAACUGCCAGUCCGUAGCAGUGCUGUGUAUCCCCAGCUCAGUGAUUUCCAUUGGACACUCUGCCUUCCACGGCUGCAAGUCAUUGACACGUUUGACAAUUCUCAAUUCAGUAGCUUCCAUCGGGGAUCUAGCCUUCUGUGGGUGCAGUUCGUUGACAAGCUUGGAGCUUCCCAAUUCAGUAGUUGCCAUCGGUGAAUUUGCCUUCUAUGGGUGCAGUUCAUUGAGAUCCUUGAUGAUUUCCGAGUCAGUGACUGCCAUUGCAAAGAACUGCUUCAGUGGAUGCAGUUCAUUGGGAAGUUUAGCCAUUCCAGAAUCAGUGACUGCUAUUGAGGAGGCUGCCUUCCACGGCUGCAAGUCAUUGACACGCUUAACGAUUCCCAACUCAGUGGGUAAAAUUGGGAAAUUUGCCUUUGAUGGAUGCAACUCGUUGACAUCCUUGGUGAUUCCUGAAUCAGUGACCGCCAUUGAAAAGGGAGCCUUCCACGGGUGCAAUUCAUUGGAAAGCUUAACCAUUCCGGAAUCAGUGACCGCCAUUGAAAAGGGAGCCUUCCACGCGUGCAAUUCAUUGGAAAGCUUAACCAUUCCGGAAUCAGUGACUGCCAUUGAGGAAGCUGCCUUCCACGGCUGCAAGUCAUUGACACGUUUGACAAUUCUCAAUUCAGUAGCUUCCAUCGGGGAUCUAGCCUUCUAUGGGUGCAGUUCGUUGACAAGCUUGGAGCUUCCCAAUUCAGUAGUUGCCAUCGGUGAAUUUGCCUUCUAUGGGUGCAGUUCAUUGAGAUCCUUGAUGAUUUCCGAGUCAGUGACUGCCAUUGCAAAGAACUGCUUCAGUGGAUGCAGUUCAUUGGGAAGUUUAGCCAUUCCAGAAUCAGUGACUGCUAUUGAGGAGGCUGCCUUCCACGGCUGCAAGUCAUUGACACGCUUAACGAUUCCCAACUCAGUGGGUAAAAUUGGGAAAUUUGCCUUUGAUGGAUGCAACUCGUUGACAUCCUUGGUGAUUCCUGAAUCAGUGACCGCCAUUGAAAAGGGAGCCUUCCACAGGUGCAAUUCAUUGGAAAGCUUAACCAUUCCGGAAUCAGUGACCGCCAUUGAAAAGAGAGCCUUCCACGGGUGCAAUUCAUUGGAAAGCUUAACCAUUCCAGAAUCAGUGACUGCAAUUGAAAAUGGAGCCUUCGACAAGUGCACGUCAUUGACAAAUUUGACCAUUCCAAGCUCAGUGAUUAGCAUUGGUGAUUUUGCCUUCUACGGCUGCAUGUCAUUGAGAGGUCUGACCAUUCCCAACUCUGUAACUUCAAUUGGGCACUUUGCCUUCUAUGACUGUUGUUCGUUAGCAAAGGUGGUCAUUCCAAGUUCAGUGACUGCCAUUGGGGAGGCUGCCUUCGACUACAGAUCUGCGAAGCUAAUGGCCUCAGUCGCCGAGUCGGACCCCGGCUGCGGUGCCGCCGUCGCUACCUUGCUGGGGCUCGCCGUGGGCGAUUCAGUCGGCGGACCUUUGGAGUUUCUACCGGUGGAUGGAACCUUUGAUGAGUUGGACACGACGCGGCCCUGUGUGGUCCGCGGGCAGCGUGAUGGAGAUGGACGUUUGAUCUAUCGACAUGCGUACAAUCGCUUUCACUUGAAACCGGGUCAGUGGACAGACGACACCAGCAUGGCUUUGUGUCUGGCGGAUUCCUUGCUGGUGAAAAACGGUUAUGAUGGCGGUGACUUGCGUGUGAGAUGGCACAUGUGGUGGUUCCACGGCUACUGCAACGCCUUUCGCUACGACGAGCGGCGCUAUGGUCGAUCGUCCGUGGGCCUGGGUGGUAACGUGGCCAAGUCCUUGGCGGAUGUGGAGCACCUGGCGACUCGCGGACAUCGCGUGCCGCCGAUCUAUGGCUCCGUGACCAACGACGCAGGGAACGGUUCGAUCAUGCGCUUGGCUCCCGUGCCCAUUGCCUACUCUUCGCAGCCGCGGGAGGCCAUGAAGGUGGCGAUUUUGCAAAGUCGCGCCUCGCACCCCUCCUGCGACGCUGCCGCAUGUUGUGCCUUCAUGGCCUUCUUCGUGGCGCAGGCAAUAACGCAGCACAAACGCAGUGCCGUGUCGGGCGAGCCAGCGCCUUCCAGUGAGCUGAAGGAAUUCAUCUCCACGACGGUGGAGGGUUUCUUGAACAGCGGUUUCGAGGAAAUGGAGUACCAAAGCAUGGAGGGCUGUGGCCGCGCGGACGGCCUGCAGCGCAUCAGCGCCUUGUUGAAGUGCCAGCCGUUGUCGCUCAAGGAAGCGAAUUGGGACUGGAAGGCCAAAGAGCCCCAGAUCUCAGAGGCGGUGACAGCGCGGUUAAGGGAUCGGAGGUACAACGGGCAUCCGAUCAUCGACACCUACUGGGGCGCCUAUUGCAUGGACGGCCUUGCUAUGGCCCUGUGGGGCCUGUGGCAUUCCAGUAGUCUUGCCGAAAGCAUCAUGAAGACCGUGAACUUGCUGGGAGACGCGGAUACCACGGGUGCCAUCUGUGGCCAGUUGGCGGGGGCCUUGUACGGCUGGCCAGGUCUGGUCGGUGAUGGUUGGGGACGCGUGCGGCUCAGCGAGCUCCAGCGCUGGGAUCCCUGCGCCGAGAUCGGAAUCCGAGCGGCUUUGCUUUAUCACUAUGGACCCUUGCAGGUUCUACAGGUGGAACUGCAACAGAAGGAAGGCCACCCCACCGUCCGCGUCUUUGACCGCGCCGUCGAAGAUGUGCAGGGCCGGAGCACGGUGGGCGAAAUCGCGUCCGGCAGCCGUGUUUGGCAACUGGCACGAGAACGGGACUUUGCGCAGGUGAUUGGACAGGAUCCGCAGGGGAAAGCCACCUGCGGUUGGGUUGGCAUCAAAAACGUGGUUCGGAUCGCGGUGCGCGAUGACGUCCAGGAUGACAACACAGGCAUCAGCUUUGAAGAGGAGGACUAUCCACCGGUCACUGCCUAUCCAUCCAGGACUCUACGACCUCCAGAUGCAGGAUCGUCUCGGCGGUCUUUGAGCGCCGAACCGUUACCCAUGGGCAGUCGAGGACGAGGUCUCUGAGGAGCUGGUGCUUGGUGGCUUUCUG